AUGCAUUCUCAGACUUCCAUCCUCGUCGCAGCUCUCGCGGCCGUGGCCUACGCCUCUCCCGUGUACAACGCCUCGAUCUCCCAGGGGUCCUCCUACAGCGCCCCAUACGUCACCGCCAGUGGCAGUAGCAGCGGCAGCUAUUCCAUGACGACCAGCUAUGUGACUGGAUCCAGACCAUCCGGAUCCUCCAGCGCAGCCAGCAGCAGCUACGGCAGCUCCUCCGGCUACUCCUACUCCAGCAGUGCGGCCAGCAACUACGCCACCUCGACCGUCCUCGGCGUCGCGACAGCCUCGCCCAACCCAGCGCCGGUCCCCGGUCUCGUGGGCAAGCUCUUGACCGACGACACGACGGUUGACCGAUUCGCCGACAUCGCAGGCCAGCUGGCGGCGGGGGCCAUCAGCCUCAAAUUCGACUUCAACCCGGCCGCCAACCCAGGCAUCAAGCCCGGCGACGGCGGCCAAGUCGACCUGGCCAACCGCAAGAACUUCCCGGUCCUGACGGGCCAAGGCAUCUCCGCGGCCGGCAUCUUCUUCCAGCCGUGCGGGCUCAACACGCCGCACAUCCACCCGCGCGCCACCGAGUUCUUGACCCUCGUGACCGACACCACCAUGCUGACCGGCUUCGUGCUGGAGAACAACCUGACCGCCGAGUUCAAUACCACUCUGUCGCAGUUCCAAGGUACCGUGUUCCCCCAGGGCUCCAUCCACUUCCAGCAGAACCUCGACUGCAAGCCCGCCGUCGCCAUCGCGGGCCUCAACUCCGAGGACCCCGGCGCCAGCUCCAUCGCCCAGAACUUCCUCGUCAACUUGGACCCGACCGUCGUCGAUGCCGCUCUGGGCUUUCCCAAGCAGAUCGAUGCCAGCAACUUCGCCGAGUUCAAGAUGCAUAUCCCCGCCUCGCUGGCCAAGGGGGUCGAGGAGUGCUUUGCGCGCUGCCAUAUGAGUUACUAA